GACAAUGAGAAAAUCUUUGACCCAACUUUGACUUUGAUUCUUCAAUCGAACGCGACAGAGUUGGCAAUAGUCCACAUUCCUCAACUUAAAGUUAACCCCUUCAAUCAUCAUAUUACCCGACACUCUAUCGGUGUCUCUAUCUACCUUUUUCUCUAAAGCCAAACCAAACGAACCGCACUAAUUGCAAUACGAGCCAUUAAACGAGUCAUUGGCAAUUAUCUGCUGGCUGGCGGCGGCUCUGGCAACAGUUUUGAGCCACCAGCCAGGUCCGAGGCCAAAGCCAGAGCCAACAGCUACUUACGGUUAACCAGCAAAACACUUGGCCCACAGAGAGAGAGAGAGAUGGAGAGUGAGAGAGUCCGCUAAGCGAGAGAGAGAGGGGGGAGCUUGGCUUUGAUGUGUACGGAGUAUUUAAAAUGUUUGUGUGUGAUUUGGUUGUCCCUUUGGUAUGCUGUGGACAUAUGGGAAAUUAUGAGCUGCGUUUGGGGUCUAACCGGAUUAAUUACAGCUUCUGCAUGCCCCCAAAGAAGCGAACAUCUCUCGCCCUCUAUUUCCGAUUCUCUGUUUGUGUGUGUGUGUGUGUGUGUGUGUGUGUGUGUGUGUGUGUUUUCUGUGUGAUUUUAAGCUGCUUUGCCAUUUUAAUUAAAGGCUGAUUUUAUUCAAUGAUUUAUCAACUUUAAAUUGCUUCAACUCCGACGUCAUUUGUUCGACGAAGUGGGCUUCCCUUGUUUUCCCGUGCCAUCGAAAAACAAAGUGCAUUUCAGUGGCUUGCAAAUAGAACCUUUGACAUUUUGAUGGAAACGAACGAAAGUUUUCAAGUUUGUGUUGAGCAAGAAAUUGCUUUCCUUUCGACGGAAGCCCCGGAGCUGCAAGCCUGGUAAUUAAAACGGAAUAAUUGUGGAAUAACUGUGUGCAAGGAAAUCAUUUUAUGCAAGGGCAAAGAAAAAUCUACCUGCGGCAAAUGUCGGCGACUAUGGAAAAAAUUAAAAUGAAAAAAAAUUAUGCAAUAUGUAAGCUAGUGUGUGUGGCUGCGUGGCUGAUAUAUAAAUAGGGUUCGGUGGGGGAGAGGGCGGUGGGGCACAGCGGCACAGCAGCAUCAAGAGGCAAUGUCUAUAUACAGUGAGGCAAUUGGCCAGCUGCUGCUUCCACACAUCUACAAACAGCCAUGCAACCACUCCGUCACUCUGGCACACACAACCCCAUACCCAGCCUCUGGCUGGGGCAUCCACCAGCUAGCUGGUGUCCUGUCCGCCCCCACCCCAGGGAGCGACUGGUUGUUAUGGCAUUCGCUGAACGCAUUUUGUAACAUGACAAAAUAGCGUAGCAUACAUUUCAGGGGUUGCAACUGUGCAACACGCUGCUCGGCCAUGCCAUGCCAUGCCAUGCCCGUGCAACGAUUGGGGCACGCCUGGCUGGCAGAUUGGCCGCCAGCCUCGGCUCGUGUCGGGUACGGGGCGCCUGCGCAGGCGCAGCUCAUUGUGUCUGUGCGGCUCUUACGUAACUCUGCCUGCCACAGCCACAGGCCACGGCAGAAUAAUGAUGCUGCCAUCGAGUGAAACGAAACCCAAAGUGAAAACCAAAGCCGAAACAGAGUCUCAACUGCACUUGUUGCUGUCGGUGCGCGUCGUGCAGCAACAUUAGCUCGAUAAAUUCAAAAUGCGACGGCAAAAAUUCCCACAAAAAAGUUACAAAAUGAAGGAAAUAUAUAAUUGAGAAUGGAUAUAUUCCUUGCAAUACUUUCAGUUGAUCAAAAUGUGGCAUAUUGAGCAUGUGGAAGUCAAUUGUUGUGCGAACAUAACCUGAACCUGAACCUGAAACCUGAAACCUGAACUUGAACGUGUAGACUCAACAAAUAAACAGAAUCUGAAUAGCAAAAACUAUGUGAACCAGUAACUAAUUGUCGCAUUUGUGUGCAAGUCUUCAAUAGAAGAAGUUGGAAGGAAGGAAGAGCAGCAUUUUACUUCAGUUUUUCCCUACCCGCCGCCACCACGAGCCUCCCCCCACUUUCAGUUCUUUUGCCCUUUCUGGUCGUAUUUAAAGAUUCAUUCGGUUCAAGGAUUAUCCAAUAAAUACAAAAAUGGACGACGAGAGCGAUGACAAGGAUGAUACGAAAAGUUUUCUUUGCAGAAAGUCUCGGAAUCUGAGCGAGAAAAAGCGACGGGAUCAGUUCAACUCGCUGGUCUGUGAUCUGAGCACCCUGAUAUCCACCUCCGGUCGGAAGAUGGACAAGUCCACGGUCCUCAAGUCAACCAUUUCAUUCCUGAGGAAUCACAAUGAGGCCGCGGAUCGCUCCAAGGUUUUUGAAAUACAGCAAGACUGGAAGCCCACGUUCCUCAGCAACGAUGAGUUCACGCACCUGAUGCUGGAGUCCCUCGACGGCUUCAUGAUAGUCUUUGGCAGCAUGGGCACCAUAUUCUAUGCCUCGGAAAGUAUUACCUCUCAGCUGGGCUAUUUGCCGCAAGAUCUGUACAGCAUGAACAUCUACGAUCUGGCCUACGAAAUAGACCACGAGGCGCUCAUGAACGUCUUCGUGAAUCCGCCGCCUGUGAUCGAGCCGCGGCAGACGGACAUCGGUGCCAGCAAUGAGAUCACCUUUUACACGCAUCUAAAGCGCGGCGGGGUCGAGAAGGUGGACUCCAACUCCUACGAACUGGUUAAAUUUGUUGGUUACUUUCGCAACGAUCCAAACACCUCGGCGGGCUCCCGUUCCGCGAGUCCGAGCGGCAGCCAGUCGGCACCCGUGCUGCCGCACAUCUUCCAGAAGAACCCCAGCGUGGAGGUGGACAGGAAGCUGGUGUUUGUGGGCACGGGCCGCAUCCAGAACCCGCAGCUAAUACGCGAGAUGAGCAUAAUCGACCCGACGAGCAACGAGUUCACUUCGAAGCACAGUAUGGAGUGGAAGUUCCUGUUUCUCGAUCACCGCGCGCCACCAAUCAUUGGCUACAUGCCAUUCGAGGUGCUGGGCACCUCCGGAUACGAUUACUAUCACGUUGACGACCUGGACAGCAUUGUGGCGUGCCACGAAGAGUUGCGACAAACGGGCGAGGGAAAGUCCUGUUAUUACCGCUUCCUAACCAAGGGCCAGCAAUGGAUUUGGCUGCAAACGGACUACUUUGUGAGCUACCAUCAAUUCAACACGAAGCCGGACUAUGUUGUGUGCACACACAAUGUUGUGAGCUAUGCGGAGGUCAUCAAGCACACUCAGAAGGAGAAACAGAAGGCCAGCAGCAAGGACAGCACGGCCUUGGCCUCGACGGCCAGCAGCAGCAAAUCGGCGACGGCUACGACAACGCUGAGGGACUUUGAGCUGGGAAACGAGAAUCUAGAGAGCACACUGCUGGACAAUAGCUUGGCGAAUCUGACCAGUGAAACGGCUGCCAACUCACCCACAGUGGACGCAUCGCCCAUGUGGUCGGCCUCGGUGGCGGCAGCAGCAGCAGCAGCAUCGGGCUCCUGCCAAGUAAAUCCCCUGAAAAUAGCCAGACCCGCCUCGAGCUAUGGCAACAUUAGCUCCACGGGCAUCUCACCAAAGGCCAAGCGGAAAUGUUACUUCUACAACAACAGAGGCAAUGACUCGGAUUCCACUUCAAUGUCCACGGAAUCGGUCACCAGCAGACAGUCGGUGGCCAGCAGGCAGUCCGGGGCCAGCAGGCACUCCAUGAUGACCCAUGCAAGCUCGCAAAGUCAACGACAACGGUCCCAGCAUCGUGAUCACAGUCAAAGCCAUAAUAAUAAUAACCAUCACCAACAGCAGCAGGCGCAACAGCAGCAGCAGCAACAGCAUCUGCAACACCUCCAGCAACAGCAACAGCAAAUCCAACAGCAGCUGCAACUGAACGUGGGGCCGCCUAAGCUGGUGCCCAUGCUGCCCAUCGCACCCGCACAGAUUGUGGCGGGCAACGCAUUUCCACAGCCCGCCUAUCCACUGGCCAGCCCUCAGCUGGUGGCGCCUACCUUCCUGGAGCCGCACCAGUACCUGACCGCCAUACCCAUGCAGCCAGUGAUAGGUCCGUUUCCGGUGCCACCCGUCCCUGUCCUCUCGCCGCUGGCGGUGUCGGGCCAAGGCCAAGGGCAGCAGGAACUCCUACCCGGUAGUGUGGUGAUGACGCCCACGCAGAGUCAGCUGCAGGAUCAGCUGCAGCGCAAACACGACGAGCUGCAGAAGCUGAUCGUGCAGCAGCAGGACGAGCUGAGGAUUGUGUCGGAGCAGCUGCUGCUAGCCCGCUAUACGUAUUUCCAGCCGGUGGUGCAGAUGGGACUCGCACAGGGAAGCAUGGCACCGGGCACAGCGAUGUCCAGUGCGGCGGGCGGCAGCGUUCAGCGCGGCUUCAACUUUGCGGGCACGAACGCCGUGCAGCCGCAGUUCAAUCAGUAUGGAUUCGCGCUGAACUCGGAGCAGAUGCUGAACCAGCAGGACCAGCAGAUGAUGAUGCAGCAGCAGCAGAACCUGCACAAUCAGCAGCAGCACAAUCUGCAGCAGCAGCAUCAGAGUCAAAAUCAACUGCAGCAGCAGCAACAUAUGCUGCAGCAGCAGCAAUUGCAGCUGCAACACCAGCAGCAACAGCAGCAGCAGAACGAUAUGUUGUCGCGCGAGGACAUCGAGGACAUUGAUGCCUUUCUCAAUCUCUCGCCGCUGCAAUCGCUCGAGCCUCCAUCAUCCACCCUCAACACGAGCCACAACAACAGCCAUCCGAGCUUUAACAAUGGCAACGGCAGCACUCAAAACAACACCAACACCGGCCACAACACCGGCCACAACACCAGCCACAACACCGGCCACAACAACAAUAACAACAGCAGCUCGACUGCACCACAAAAUCACAACGAAGACUCCUUGCUGUCAUAUAUGCAGAUGGCGACGAGUCCAUCGGUCAACUUCCACAUGGGCAUCAGCGAUGACGGCUCCGAGACGCACAGCGAAGACAAGAUGAUGAUGGGUCGCAGCAGUAACCACUUGCAGCUGCAGCAGCAACAUCUCCUGCAGCAGCAGCAGCAACAACACCAACAGCAGAUGCAACAAUCGAGCAACUUUUACCACACGAAUCCAUUCCUCACCCACCUGCAGAACCAGACUCAGAAUCAAUUGCCGAACGACCUGGAAAUAUUGCCCUUUCAAAUGUCGCAAGAGCAAUCACAGAAUCUAUUCGAUGCGCCAAACACAGCCCAUGGCGGCAGUCAAUAACACAUGUAGAACCCUAGCACGUAAGCCCUAUAGAGUCUCUAAUAAGUUUCCUUCGCCUAUAUUUUGUGCAUCCGUGUAUUAACUGGCUGUCUCUCUAGCGAACUUUCUCUUGGAACCUCCUUUCGGGACUAGUUGUAGAUCUCAACAGACUGAGUAUUGUUCUUCUAAGAGAUGGAUUUUGAUUACUUUGUGUGUCUCUCUCUGUGUGUGUGUGUUUGUUUGUUUGUAUAUAUGUAUGUAUGUACGCGUAGUAGUAACAUUCUCAAAAUAUGUAACGAUAAGUAGAUUUUUUGUAUUUGUUAGCAAUUAGCAAGAAGAGCCCAUCGUUUGCAUAAGCCACCAAAUUAUCCAGUAAGUGCCAUUGAGGGCGCACACAGGGAUGAUCUCUGAUAUGUAAUCGAACCUUAAGCCCGAAAACGUACGCCUAAAUAAUAAUUGUAGAUAACUAACUAUGUAAGCAAUGCUAAUCCAAUUGUAUAUCCAUUAUACCAAGACUGGUCUUCUCUACUGGAGUCAAUUUAUUAUUUAAGCAACGAUGAUGAUAGACAUAACAACUCAGGUUGAGACUGCAACUGCAACUGACAUUUAUUUUCUGCUGUGAGCAUAUUCCGAUAAGUUUUCCCCAUGCCUCCUCAGCUGU